AAAGGAAUACAGGAAACACCCAUAUGUUUCGAAUCAGAAUUGUACAAAACUGACAGAAAAUAAGACAUUUCAAUAAAAUCUUUGAGAGAUAUGGUGAAGAUGGAGUUUGUAGAUAAUGACAGUUAACACACUGGCUUCAGACAUAAGAGUCAAGUGACACUCAAAAAUUUAAAAUCAGAAUUAAUAUUCAAAUCUGAUCUGCAGGUGGUUGAUUUUUGCCACUACAAGACACAUACAAGGAAUAGAAGAUUCUAGUGAUGUUUGGUCUAAAAGCCUUGCUAGCACUGUUGCUGGCCAAUGACAUUGCAGCUAAAUUUGUAGAUUUGACCUACAACAUCAACCCAGACAUAAUGAGAUGGCCUGGAACUCUUCCUUAUAAAUCUACAGUUGCCUACUAUGGACCUGUUUUGGGUGUACCUUUUGUUGCAUCAAACAACUUUGAAACAACUGAACAUAUUGGGACCCAUAUUGACACUCCAUAUCACUUUGCAAAAAAUGGGAGGAAACUACAUGAAAUUCCGUUUGCUGAUCUACAUGGGGCCGCUGUUGUUAUUGACAUCAGGAACAAGACUGUUGAUAACCGGGAUUAUGCUAUUACUGUGGAAGACCUGCAAGCCUGGGAGACACAACAUAAUCAACCAAUUCCACAUGGUGCAGUUAUCGUCAUGAACUCUGGUUGGGGGGCUUACUGGGGAAAUCAAAGUGCAUUUCUUGGGAGUAACAAUACCACAAUGUUGCAUUUCCCUGGAUUUGGAGCACCUGCUGUUAAGUGGGCAAUUGAUAACAGAAAUGUCAAAGGAUUUGUGACAGAUGCUGUCAGUUGUGAUGUUGGACAAGCAACUGGUUUUCCAGCUCAUCAAGCAGUAUGUGAUGCUGGGAAAUGGUGUGUUGAAAAUGCUGCAAAUGUUGAAAGAAUCCCAGCAACUGGAAGUGAGAUAUACGCUAUGCCAAUAAAGAUAGAAAAUGGUACUGGAGCGCCAAUACGGCUAUAUGCAGUUUGGGACCAUGUGAAUCCAUGGCAUGUUGGAGAUGCAGGCUCACUGGUAGUUCACUCUGUGUUAGCUUUAUUGGCAGGCCUGGUUGCAAAGUAUUUGCUCACAUCGUAAAUGAAUGCAGCAUAUGUACAGAAGUACAUAUGUAGAUUCACAUUCUGCCAAUUCAUAGACAAAUAUUUUCAGUUUGAAGAAAAACUAAGCAUUUACACAAACAUUUCAGAUGAAUGAUUUAGUUAUCAUACCAGGGAUCACCCCACACCUCUAUGAUGUACAUCAAAAAAUCUCUAAAUCCAAAAAUGCUGCAUUUAUAAUUACAAAAAAAACAAGAAAUAAAUUUCUCCACUCAGAAAUUUGUAUAGAGUGACUUGUAGAAUUGAUAAAUAAAAGACCUUUGUAUGACAAUUCAUAAUAACUAAUUUUCAAACAAAUAUCAAUUUCGAAAAACAUGCUUCCUGCUGAUAUUGUGGAUAUUCUAGUAGAAAUGAAUAAAACGUAUGACAUACAAUACAGAAUUAGUUUUAAUUGGUGCAAUAUUAAUUCAGACUGCACUUUAUACCAUUUUGAUGACCAUGUGCCUUUUUGGAUGAACAUAAUUCAUUUCAAACACAGUCUAAGUCUUUCAUGUUUUAAUAGAAAGUGCUUUAGUGUACCCAUAUUACUAAUUGAGUGUUCAUUUUUUUAGAAGAUGUGUACAACUAGAAAAUUGAGCGGUUUUCUUUUCAAAAUUUGAAAAAAUUCUCAUCAUUCAGAUCUGUCUUAGGCUUCCUCACAUAUGAAUGAAACCCCCUGACAUCAACUUCUGUGUAUUGGUGAAUAGGACUUGAGUACUAAUUUGUCCUAUUAUUAUACGAACAUUGGGAUGUUCAUUUGGCGAAGAACCCUUUCGGAAAGUUUCUGACGGCUUCAGAAGCAUGCCAAACAAUGCAUUUUGGUUCACCAAAAUUGACAAUUUAUCCAAUUCGCAAGAGUGCGUUUAGUGGAUUCCUUCAUUCGUGAGGAGGCCUUUAUCUUUUAUUACAGUUGAAUAUAUAUUUAGACUAGUUUCACUAACAAACGAAAACAAUUAAGGUUUUAUCUGUACUGAAGGUCAAUUUUCUGAAAAAUCUAUUUUUGAACAUACUACUCUAAAUAACAUGCUAUGAUAAGUCAAUGUCCCUGUAACACCAUCCAUAAUACAAGCCAUUUCCUGUGAAUGAAUGUGAUUUGGGAUUGUUAACUUCCAAAAUUAUGAAGAAUAAAGAUAACGCUAGUAGAUCUGGAGAGUUACUGGAAGUUACACUUAAUUUACUGAGAGAAACCAUUCUAUUGUUAUUGUCCCAAUUUAAUAAAGCAAUUGAUUACUCAUGAUGCAUUUUUAAAACAUUGAAGUUAAUAUUUUGAAG